AUGGAGUGCGAGGACUUCCCACCACGCUCUCGGGGCCGCUGGGUCAACGUAGCUGUACACGAUGCGUCGGGCGUAGCUGGCCAAGAUGCGUCGGGCGUAGCUGGCCAAGAUGCGUCGGGCGUAGCUGGCCAAGAUACGUCGGGCGUAGCUGGCCAAGAUGCGUCGGGCGUAGCUGGCCAAGAUGCGUCGGGCGUAGCUGGCCAAGAUGCGUCGGGCGUAGCUGGCCAAGAUGCGUCGGGCGUAGCUGGCCAAGAUGCGUCGGGCGUAGCUGGCCAAGAUGCGUCGGGCGUAGCUGGCCAAGAUGCGUCGGGCGUAGCUGGCCAAGAUGCGUCGGGCGUAGCUGGCCAAGAUGCGUCGGGCAUAGCUGGCCAAGAUGCGUCGGGCGUAGCUGGCCAAGAUGCGUCGGGCGUAGCUGGCCAAGAUGCGUCGGGCGUAGCUGGCCAAGAUGCGUCGGGCGUAGCUGGCCAAGAUGCGUCGGGCGUAGCUGGCCAAGAUGGGUCGGGCGUAGCUGGCUAA